AUGGCGGAAGGGGGAGCCAAACGAGCUGCGUCCCCCACUCGGACCAUCUCUCCGCCUCCGCUCCGCCGUAAGGUUGGGUCGAGUAUCAAUAAGGCUUCAGCUGCUUCCUUCUUUGCUCCGGCCUCACAAAAAAAGCCCAAAACGAUAUCAUGGCGUAUCAUUGGGACGGAGCUUGUCGUAGGCAAAUACACACCACAGAAGACGAGUAAUACGAAGACAGAGAAGAAUCGAAAGAUUGCCGCAUUCGACCUGGACUCAACUUUGAUCAAAACUCGCUCAGGAAACACAUUCCCUCGAUCAGCAGAUGACUGGCAGUGGUGGGAUGGAUCUGUUGCAACCAAACUUGGUAGCCUUCACGAAGAAGGAUACCAAGUGGUAAUCUUCUCCAACCAGAAAAAGAUCAGCAUUCAAAAAGAGCUCAAGGCCGGAAAAACCGACUCGAAAAGUCUUGCCAUGUUCAAGGAGAAAUUAACAGCAAUCAUGAGUGCUCUGGAUAUCCCAAUGAGCGUUUACGCUGCUACCCAAGCUACUGAGUACCGGAAGCCUCGACUGGGUAUGUGGCGGGAGUUCAUCGACGACUACGAUCUCGAUGUGAUUGGAGUAGAUCAUAAGAAUUCUUUCUUCGUUGGUGAUGCUGCAGGGCGUCCGAAUGAUCAUUCCUCCACAGAUCUGGGCUUCGCCAUAAACGCCGGUCUAUCUUUCAAGACACCAGAGGAGUUCUUCACAGCUGUGAUCCAGCCUCCUACGCCUGUGACACUUUUCAACCCUACUGCGUAUAUCAAGACAGAUCCAAGCGAAUCUCCCUUAGUUCCCAAUCCUUUCACUCGGAAACACCCUCUCGAACUGGUCAUAUUCUGCGGAAGUCCAGCAUCCGGGAAAUCAACUUAUUUCAAGAAUAACCUUGAACCACUAGGCUACGAACGCGUCAAUCAAGAUAUACUUAAGACGGUGAGUACCAACAAACCCAACUCGUUCGGCCGAGUUAGUCGGUAUGCCAAAAAAAACCCCCCCAAUCUAAAUAUCUCACCGCAGCGCCCAAAAUGCGUCAAAGUAGCACGCGAACACCUCGAAGCAAAACGCUCUGUCGCUAUCGAUAAUACCAACGCAGACCCAGAGACAAGACUCGUGUGGAUCACGCUAGCGAAGGAAUUGGGAAUUCCGAUUCGUUGUGUUCAUUUCCUUUCUCCGCCUGACUUAUGCAGGCACAAUAACGCUGUUCGCGCUGCCAACAAAGAACUGAAUCCCGAGGCCCGGACUUCGCUUCCUGGUAUUGCUUUUGGGGAUUUCGCGAGGCGGUUUAAGGAACCGCGUGUUGAUGAGGGAUUCGUUGAUAUCACGUCUGUGGAGUUUAAAUUCCAGGGUGAUGAGGAGGCGCGAAAGAUUUGGGGUCAAUUUUGGAUUUAG